UUUCAAAAGUUACAAUCAACUCAUCAUUUCCAAGGUGGCUCACUUCCAGAAACUGAAUAUAAACAAACAACCAAGUUCAAAGUUACAGUGAAAGCACCAAGCUGAACCUGAAAACCCAUCUCCAACCAUUUCCUAUGGGGUCACUUUCAAAAACUGUACAAGAAUUGGCUCUCCAAGGAGAAGAAGUACCUGAAAACUUUCUCUACAAAGAUGGUCAUGGUGGAUCUGCAGAUGUCCCAGUUAUGGAUGUUCCAGUUGUUGAUAUUGGUCUUCUUGGUACUUCUGCAGAAGAGCUUGAGAAGCUCAAGUCAGCUCUCAGCACAUUCGGUUGCUUUCAGGGAAUAAACCAUGGUAUGUCACUUGAAUAUUUGAAUCAAGUGCGUGAAAUCACAAAACAAUUUUUCCAUCUUCCAUUGGAAGAGAAGCAAAAAUACUUGAGAGAAGAAAAUGAUAUUGAAGGCUAUGGGAAUGACAUGGUUCUUUCAGAUCAACAAAAAAUUGAUUGGAAUGACCGUCUCUACCUUGUUAUAUACCCUGAAGAUCAGCGGAAGCUCAAACUUUGGCCUGAAAAUCCCAAACUUUUUCGGUCUACGAUACAUGAAUAUUCAGUGAAGAUUCAAUCAAUAAGCGAGGUUAUUCUUAAGGCCAUGGCAAGGUCACUGAAAUUGGAAGAGAACUGCUUUGUGGAGCAGUGUGGGAAAAGAUCAAAACUGUAUGGAAGGUUCAACUUCUACCCCAGAUGUCCAAGACCUGGCCUCAGUCUUGGUAUCAAACCACAUGCAGAUGGGACGGCGAUCACCCUUCUCUUGCAAGACGAAACCGUCGAAGGUCUGCAGUUUUUGAUAAACCACCAGUGGUUCAGAGCUCCAAUCAUUCCUGAGGCUCUUCUGAUUAAUGUUGGUGAUCAAGUAGAGAUAUUAAGUAAUGGCGCGUUCAAGAGCCCGCUGCAUAAAGUGUUGACGAAUUCAGAAAGGGAGAGGAUUUCUUUGGCUGUCUUUUAUACUCCAGAUUCUGAUAAAGAGAUUGGACCUUUCGAAGAGCUGAUGGACGAAUCAAGGCCCAGAUUGUACAGAACAGUCAAAAACUAUGUCAACAUUUAUUUCCAAUACUAUCAGCUGGGGAGGAGGCCAAUGGAGGCAUCAAAAAUCCAAGACUAACAUGCCCAUCUCUUAAUAGUUUUUGUGCCCAUCCAAGCUGUGUGGCUAUCAAAUGCUAAGAACUUGCAACAUGGUAUCAGAAUAAUGCAGCUUGAAUACAGUGUAGGAGUUACUUUUUACUGAAUAUGUUGUAUUUGUGACUGAAUUUUAAUUGGUCCAGUUCGAGAAGCUUGCAGUGCAACAUUACAUUUGUAGAGAAAUAAAAUAUUAAAAAAAUUUGGGACUCUCUUGUUUAUUGUU